AAUGAUAGGGGAAAAGAGUCCGGGGUUGUUUUCAUUCCCCUGGUUUUCAACAUGAAGGAAGCAAACAUGGCUCGUCCCGUCAGUGUGGGGGAUCUACUACAAGCGGAGCUCUUAGAGGACGCUGCUUACCGGGAAGAGGGGCUGUGUGUGGUCGGUAUUUUCGGUAAAAGCAACAUGCAGCCCGGCGCGCUGAAGGAAUCUCUGAUCAACACACUGGCGGACAAACACCUUUUCUCGGUGUUCGGCGGACCGGAGGACGGCGGCACGCCUAGCAGCCACAUCCAGGCUUUUUACGACCAGGAGAACCGGGUGCUGUACCUCCUGCUCUCCUCCGUCUGCGACAGCCGACAGCUGCUGCGAGCCUGCCUGUCUCUGGACACCGGGAACGGACACUCGGACGCCCACGACUUCUGGAAGGGCCUGGAGCGGCAGCACUGUCUCCACCUGCUCUACAUGUUCUCCGUGUGUCACGUCCUGUUGCUCGUCCACCCCAACCAGACCUUCGACGUGACCUACGACCGGCUCUUCCGAGCUCUGGACGCUCUGCGGCAGAAGGUUCUGCCUCUGAUCCGGGCUGCCAUCAAAGACUCCCCGGUGUCUAAAGAGUGGAAGCUGAACUGCCGGCCCUGCCCCCCACGGCUCCUCUUCGUCUUCCAGAUGAACGUCACUCUGAAGGUUUCUGCAAACGGCUUAGAGUCAAAUCCUGACAAACCAAAGAAGCACUCCCCCAGGCGGAGGCUUCAACACGCCUUGGAAGACCAGAUUUAUCGCAUCUUCCGUAAAAGCCGAGUUCUCACCAACCAGAGUAGCAACUGCUUGUUCACGGUGCCCGCCAACCAAGCGUUUGUGUACGUGAUCCCAGCACUAGAUGAGGACCCCUUAGGUGCAUUACUCGGUCAGCUGCGGUCCAACUGCAUGUUGUCUGAGCAGGACUCCUCCGUGCCCGUGUCGGGGCCGAGGCGCUAUCAGCAGAUGCGGCAUUCAGCCCGGCACCCCAGCAGCAGCAGAGACUCAGGCAGCAUAUCGAUAGGCAGUCAGCUGGUGGACUGCAGCUUAAAGGAAUUCCUCUGGCAGCAUGUCGACCUGGUGCUCACCAAAAAAGGUUUUGAUGACAGCGUCGGCCGCAACCCGCAGCCUUCGCACUUUGAGCUGCCGACCUACACCAAAUGGGUCCAGGUCGCCUCCAGACUCCACCAAGUCCUCAUCAAAAACACAGAUGAAGAAAUGGCUGAGCUAGCCACAAAAGUGCAAAGCCAGGUGAAGGUUUUGGAGGGUUUUCUUGACGCUGACACAAAGUUCUCUGAGAACAGGUGCCAAAAAGCGCUGCCUCUGGCUCACAGCGCCUACCAGUCCAACCUCCCCCAUAACUACACCACCACGGUCCAUAAAAACCAGUUGGCUCACGCUCUGCGGGUGUACAGCCAGCACGCUCGAGGAGUGGCUUUCCAACGCUACGCUUUGCAGCUUCACGAGGACUGCUACAACUUUUGGAGCAACGGACACCAGCUGUGUGAGGAGCGAAGUCUGACUGACCAGCACUGUGUUCACAAGUUCCACCUGCUGCCUCAGCCAGGAGAGAAGCCUGACAUGGAUCACAACCCACCAAUCAUGAAUCACAACAGUAGGGGGCGCUCCACCAGCUCCUGUAACUGUGGACGGAAACAAGCUCCCCGUGAGGAUCCUUUUGACAUCCAGGCAGCAAAUUACGACUUCUACCAGAUACUGGAGGAGAAAUGCUGUGGGAAGCUAGAGAGGAUUGAGUUUCCAGUGUUCCAGCCCAGCACUCCUGACCCGGCCCCGGCAAACCAGGCUCAGAGAAACCCCUGUGAGGCUUCAGGAUCGGGUGAUGCAGAGAGGUUGAAGGAGCCCAGCACUGCCCAGAGCCACACGCCUGGAGACACCAGCCUUAGCCUCGCUCUUAGUCUAGGCCAGUCUACAGACAGCCUGGGGCCCUACGGGGACGGAGACGGAGCUGAAACACAAGUCCAGCAAAAGAGGCCGAGCCUUGUUGACCGGCAGCCUUCCACUGUGGAGUACCUUCCUGGAAUGAUGCACUCUGGCUGCCCUAAAGGUCUCCUCCCUAAAUUCUCCAGCUGGUCACUGGUGAAACUUGGCCCAGCAAAGUCGUAUAACUGCCACACGGGCCUGGAGCAGCCAGGUUUCCUCCCUGGCUCCUCGUUCCUCUUGCCGUGGGACUUGGUGAUUCGCUCCCGAUCGGAGGAAGAUACAGGACUAACGGAGCCUUUGGACGGAGGCACGUCCUCGUGGCCAGCCCCCAACAAGACCCUUGUGGGAAAGCGAGGCAGCACCGGUGGGCUCGGUAGGAGUCGCAGGAGGGAAGACAUGGCUCGCAUCUUUGUGGGGUUCGAGUAUGAAGACGGCAGGGGGAGACGCUUCAUCAGCUGCGGGCCUGAUAAAGUAGUGAAGGUGCUGGGGCCGGGGGGUGCUAAAGAUCCUGCCACCAGGGUGCUAAACACCGACAUGCCGCUGCACAUCCCUUCUCCCUCCCAGGGCCGUGGCCUGAAGCCCCACUUCGCCCAGUUGGCUCGCCUUUUUGUUGUAGUGCCUGACGCCCCGCUGGAGGUUACCCUCAACCCACAGGUACAGCCAGGCCCUCCUCCCUGUCCGAUCUUCCACCCAGAGCAGACUGAAAUAUCGUUGCCACCUGAUGGCCUAUGGGUGCUGCGGUUUCCUUAUUCCUAUGCCACAGAGCGUGGUCCCUGUUACCCCCCCAAAGAGAACCAGCCCCUCAACAACUACAAGGUGCUGCGAGGCAUCCUGAAAGCCACCACUGCCACCUCUCCACAACAAUAACCCUUAAGGUUUUAUUCAGGACUCCACCUUUGCAGACCCUCCCAGUGUUGUUUCUGUACAUUCUGUAUAUUUGCGGACACUGCAGAUAUUUCCUUUUUUGUUGACAUCUUUUACUCUGGAUUUCAAUGAAAUGACAUGUGGACGUGCAUGGUCUCCACAGAUAAGCAUUUGCACACAUGCUCUGGUGUAUGUGAGACCGUAUUAGCUGCUCUCUAAACCGUGUUUAGUGUCAAAUCCAUUCAUGCAAUACUGUGUUGCAUUUACCUGUCCCAGUGCAGACACAAAUGCUGGUGUGGUCGAAUGUCUCCUCACCAAAUCCACAGAGAAAGUUUGUGUUGAAGUGGGCUAUUUCCCAAGUGUGAAAAAUAAUUUGAUCUGUCUCAACUGAAUAUGUGACAACAGCUUUGUACACCUACAGAUUUGGACCACUGGUUCUCAGACUGUGAGGCACAUUUAAGCAGAGAAAAAAAAGGCUUUAAAUUAAGACUUGGAUUAUUUUAUAUUUUUAUCAGUAAAUAAAAAUUGCAAAAUGUGACUGUUUUUUUUUUUUUGGCUUGUGCACAAGGAUGUGCUAGAAAAAAGUUUGAGAAGUGAUUUAAAAUAACUUAUUUUCACUUUUUUUUUGCUCCCCAGAAGACAGCUCAAUGUUGCAGUGACAUUAAGCUUCUCAUUUGAAGCUUGAGCACAAUAAUAGCACCAGGAAAAACUUCCUUCAAACUUAACAUGAGGGGGUGUGGAUCCUGUGGUAGCUGUUUGCAGCUAAGCUUAGCUAAAUUUCCAGUACCAGCAUCCCUGCACAUUCACGCUGGCAGGCUUUAAUAAUGAUGUAAAUUUUCCUGUCACUUGUCAAACAGUGAAGCUCUCAUUAGAGCAGAGACUAGAGUCGACUGUGUACGUCUGAACUUGUGUUUAUUUUGUUUCAGUUUGUAAAGAUAUCACAACACACUAUUGCUCACAAACAAAGAUUUAAUACACUCGAACUAAACGGAAAGACGUUUUUUGUUUUUUCUGUGUAAAUAAAGGCGACUCGGACAUUC